AUGGCUGGAUCACUGCAGGCACAUGAGCAGAGUGGGCUCGAGAAGCGCCAAUGGACUCCAAGAGAAGAUCGCAAACUCUUGAGCUAUAUGGAGGGACGUGACCAUAAAAGUGUACGGUGGACAGAGGUCCCAAACGUUGCAGGGCUGAACAGGUGUAGGAAGAGUUGCUGGUUGAGGUGGACGAAAUAUCUGAAGCCUGGUAUCAAGAGGGGGAAGUUUUCUGAAGAAGAAGAGAACCUCAUUAUCAAGCUCCAUUCUCAGAUUGGCAACAAAUGGGCAAUGAUGGCGAGAUAUCUUCAUCCCCGAACUGACAAUGAAAUCAAGAACUACUAUAACACGCAUUUAAAGAAUCUUCCCUCUUCCACUCAGACACCACUCCAUGGAGUCUGUCUAAUUUCAACAGACCCUGCGGGGCCCGGUCAAACACGCGGUUUCAAUUAUCAGGCUAUGGAGAAUCCAACAGUACUUUACAACAACCAUGCAGCCGAUCCUGGUGUUUACUCUUUGUAUGGGAAUGUUCCAAAUGAAGGCUCGACUCCAGCACUGAUGGUUUCAGUGGAAAACGUGAUCACACCACCAGCUGAAGAGUUCUCCCCUUUGGAAGCCUGGCUAGAAGAAUUUCUCUCUGAGGAUCAGACUGGUGAGACUAGUAACUCUUUUGGCGGAGACACUGCACUCGUGCAGCAUACCUCCAUUGUGUAG